AGUCCCGUGACGCAUGCGCGGUAGCUCCGGCACCGCCGAGCUUCGGGGAGUUGUGGAGCAGUGCGCGAGUCAGCGGUGGUGCGGGGCCGGCGGCGCUCGGCUCCUCGCACAGCGACCGCCGGGCGGGCGGCAGCGAUUUGAUAUUUGCAAGCUUUGUGCCUUGACAGUGAUCACCAUGGACAGUGUGUUCUUAACCGAGGACAAAGCCAAUUCUGUGUAUAAAAGAUACCGAAGAGCCAACAAAUUUUUGGAAGAAUUAAAGCAAGGUGAUAUAGAACACGAAUGCAGAGAAGAAAUUUGUACCUAUGAAGAAGCAAGAGAAGCAUUUGAAAAUGAGGAAAAGACGAAGGAGUUCUGGAAAGUCUACAAAAAUGGACUUCAGGGAGAAAGUAACACAGGACAUAGCUGGUAUUCAUUUUACCUUGCAUUUCCAUUAAUCAUUGGCCUUUUUGUUAUCCUCAUUGUCGUUUUUGUCAUAUGGAGAUGCCUGUUUAAAAAGAAACCGCGUAGACAGUCGGUGUACGCGCACAGGGGAGCCCACGAAGCGAUAGGUGACGGUGCUGUGUCUGACGGCAGAGGUUCGCUCCCGCAGCCUCUCAGCAUUGUUCAUUCUCCACAGGAGGAAAUGUUUGAAGUCAGUGGGCUCUCUCCAGGAGGUCUGAGCUAUGCGGAUACACGAUCAGACUCAAUAUCCACAAGGCUGUCAAACUGUGAUCCUCCUCCUUCAUACGAGGAAGCCACUGGUGAAAUCAGUGUGAGAAGAAGUGAAGCUGAACAACACUUAGAUCCACCCCCACAAUAUGAAGACAUUAUGAAUUCUUGUUCAGCCAAUGCAAUUGCACUAUCUCCUGUUACCACCAGUACUAAGUAAAACAGGAAGAAUGCUUCUGGACUUCAAAACAAAACACAAAAACUAAUCGUUCUGUUGCACUUUAUCUUGGCUUAUUAUGCAUUUCUGUAAUUUAAGCAACCUGUAUAAUGAACUUCCCUUUUGUUUUAGAUUCACUUGUUCUUUGAGUCACAGGUUUUUCUUUUCCCUUAUAACGGUCCUUAGAAGAUAAGGAAUCUGUAUUGUGAGCACAGUGCAGGUACAGAGAUGGUGCUCUGUCAUUAUUCUCAAAGGUAUCUCUGAUUUGAGGGAUGUUGCUUGUUUUAUUCCAUAUGCUGACCACAUUCCCCACAAGAUUUGUGGAAUCCCCUUCUCUUCUUGCUGCAGACUCUUGGAAUUGCCUGAGGUGGGGAAUCCUUAAGAAACAUUCUAGAAAUUUAGUUAUGCUAAAGCAAACUAAUUUUACAGUAUUUCCUCUUGCCUGGUUGGUUCCUUUUUCUCACCUGGGAUUUUUUUACUUGCCACAUUGUAUCUUGGGCCCUGGAAUGGCAAAGAGCCAUAUGCCUUGGUGUUCAAACCAAUAUAUUGUUAGACUCUGCUGGCCUCAUAGCAAUAAAUUCAGAGCCCUAGCAGAGGAGAGAGAUUCUAAAGCUUUUUCUGUGAGAAUUGAUGUUUAGAAGCUAGUAAUUCAAGACCUUAAUUAGUGAAUCUGAGUACUUUUUUUUUUUUGUUCUGCUUUUCUUCUGUUUUCUAUCUGUCUUUAUUUGUUUAUUCUAGGGCUGAGAACUGUGUGUGUGCUACUUUCACAGCUUGAAAGUUCACUCAACAUUAAAGAAUGAAAUACUGAAGAAUGAAUAAGAUCCUUCUUGUUUGGAAGUAGAUACCAAAACUACCAUAGUCUUCACUGGCAUCAGGAUUUCCUCCAUUAUCCAUAAACGCUUAAAUCCAAAGAUACUUCUUUCCCUUUUAAAAGGGGAAAAAAAAUAAAAGUAUUCAGCAUACAACUUUUUUCCACAAUAAUAUGACCCCAUUCUCAAAUCCUGAUAUUAUUUUGCUGCUUGCAUACUUAAAUGUAUUACCUGCACACCUUUUGUUACUGGCUACGGAAAUGCAUUGCAGAGAAUUUUGGUAACUUCAACUAGAGUUGCUGAUUUCACAUUUGUUCAUUCAAGUAAGAGGUGUGGAAAGCACUGGUAAUCUAGGCUAACUCCACAAAUGUUGUGGCCGGGGUAGCUCUGCUAUCUCCAGGUGAGAGCUGUGCAGUCUACCUGAUGUAGGGCAAAACCAUGAGGAACCUAUGUGUUGUAUUUCUAGCAAUGCAACACAGGCAUAACCCCAAGCUUUAGUUUGGAGUGGGUUUUUUUUAACGCUGUAGAGAUUUCUGUCAGAUUGAUACAAGUUGAUUGAAAUUCUAUACGAGCCUCUGUUUCAACUGCUUUAGACACCAGUGAUAGUUUAGCUGGUGCACACUGUGGUUUGCUGAUUUACUUUUCUCUAUUUAACUUAAGAAUUCAUUGAUCAGUUUAGCUUGUGAAUAUUUUGAUUUUUCUUCUCUCAUCAAGGUGGCAAGGCAUUAAUUUUAGUAUUGUUCUGUUUUCUGCUAAUGAAUUAGCACCAACUAAAACGGAUUUAGCUCUGAAGGACCACUGUGAAAUAUCAGUGCCAUCCAUUUGAAGUUGCUGUUAAUGUGCUCAGUUAAUUGCCUGUUGGCAUCUAUGAUCUUGUGUGAGUCUGAUCCAUCUUUCUCCUAAGCGACUUUGUAGAAGAUUGCUGAAAAGAAAUGGAUAAAUAUAUGGGUGUGCAUAUGCACACUUCUGUAAGAAUUCAAUAUGGUAGUUUGACAAAUGAAGUUAUGAUUCUGUGAUUAAUUUUAUAUUCUCAUUUUUGGCGAAGAGUAGGUUACCUAAGAUCUCUACUGGGGGUCUUAAGUUGCAAAAGCAAAUUUAUUGGAGUUAAUGGACGGAGCUCCAGGCCAAACUGUUGUCAGAAAGAUGACUCAUAUAUUCAUUAUUCAUAUUGAGCAGAUAAGUACAAUACAUUUUGGACUCUCUAACCUUUUGAAGUGCUUUUAGCUCUUAGGUGAAGUCCUAAAUUGCCACUUGUAGAAAUUUAAGCUCCUUUUAUACUGAGCAACAGUUAUACUGCCUUUGGCCAGACAUUACCAAAACAAAGUGCCUCGUCUCAGUUGCAGGAGACACCUGAAAGUGCUGGUAUUCAUGUCUAUGCCAUAUUGGCAUCUCCUGUGCCUGCCAUCACAGCUGGCAGUUUUAGCAGUAAUUUUUUAGUUUGGAGAUAUGGUGUACCUGUAGGAAAUGCCUGGAGAUAACCCAUUUCAUGUUAGGUCAGCAGCUGUCACCCCCUGAGCAGGGGCAGUCUGGUUCAGAGGUGAGCCACCUUUUUUCCCCGCUUUGUUGGUCUUUAUUCCAUUACCAGUCUUAACAACUUUCACAUUUCUGUCUCCUAAGAAGAGUAUGUUACUGCAUUCUGUAGACACUUUGUGCAAUGCAGACGUGACAGUUGUCCUUCCAGGUAAAGCCACAACCAAAUAUCUGAAAUGAUCUGUGACUAGAAUUUAUUGGGCCAUGCCUUUUCUGCAUCCAUGCACGUGAGAUGUGAAUGCCAUCUAGGGCUAUAAAUUUACAUCUUGGCGUGAAUAAGCUUUCAUGAAUAAACUAAACUUGCAUGUGCCAGUUAUCUAAAUGUUUCCACUGACACAUGAGCAGCUUUCUUCUUGUUGGAGUAAUGUCAAAGUACCUAAUAUUUUGUUUCACUUUGUGAAAUGUGGGGAAAUAACUUAAGUCUUGGGGAUAGCUGUUCUGAUCUGGGGAAAGAAUAACAUUUCUUUUUGUAGCAGGUUUUCCUACAGCUUUGUUUUCCCAGGCACUUACUGAUUCUUCUUCUCUUGUUGUUGCAUUACCAUGCCAUAAACAUUAUAAAUUUAUAGUUGUAUCUCUCUAAAGGCUUUCCAAGUCUGAAUGCAGUACUGCCUUGACUAAUGACGUGAAUAGUCAGGAUUCUGCUUUUCCCACUUUUGAAUGUAACACUGAAUUUCAUGUAUUAGGACUGAGAUGAUUUACCCACUAAAACAAAUUUGUAUUUAAAUGUCACUUUGAGAAAUGAUGGAAAUUAAUUGUGCUUAGAUGAUGUUUAGCAUUAGUGGAGGUUGUUCUGUCUUCACUGGGUGUAAAUAACCUCUGAUUACAGUAUUGCAUAUUUAAAAGGGGUUUGGUUUACAUUAAAUUAUCGUAUUUAAACAUUCUUGACUAUGUUUGUAGAAAAAAGUUUUGUAACAUUUCUUUUUGGAUAUGCAAAAUAAAAUUUUUUUAAAUGCCUUAGUGCUUCAAAACAUCAAUCCUACACAUCUGCAGUAUUGACUUUGUGCAUUUAAGUGGCGCUCUUUUAAUUUCAAUUGAUCACCAAAUGUAUUUAAUCAGUUACAGGGAAUCAGUUGUUUUAUUUUGAUAAUUAAAAAUAAAUAUGAUUUUAAGGUAGAUGUUCUUUAACAAUUCAGUCUCAUUUUCUUAUUAAAUUUGUGAAUUGAUUCAUUUAUAGCCAUAGCUGAGUAGCAGUCACAAGCACAGGGAAAGCAGGAAUUAUGCUUUAUUACAACAAGAUGAACCGGUACACUGUAGAAAGAUUUGUAGUCAAGAGAAUCUGAUUUCAAAGUUGGCUUCAGCCAUUUCAAACUAUUUUGCAUCAGUUCUGUGAUUGCAUCACAUUGCAUCAGUGAUGAUUUAAUAGCAAUAAAAAAAAAAUAAAUAAAAUAAAACCUUUUAUAGUGGCACACGCUGGAAACUAAAGACCUCCAUUCCAAUCUACAAACUGUCUUCCUUAUUUGCUCAGCUGCUGAUAAACAAGAUAUGUCCCUGGUAUUUUUGUCUAGUGGAGUCUGUUGCAGAGCUUAGUGAAAUGUUACUGAAGAUAUGUCAUGAAUGUGUGCAAUUUCACACUGGUCAUAGAAAAACAAGUGCAAAAAAAAAUUUAAAAAAUGCAAGAGGAAAACCAAUGGUGUGUGUGCAUUUCCAAGCUGUUGUGUGCAUACUGCAGCACUUUCUUCCUUCAUAAGCUUUUAUUUGCAGAGCUCAGAACCUUUCAGAGAAACAGAACACACUGUUCACAUAAGUGGCCUUUGCUGUGCAUGUACAUGUUCAGGAUUCUGACCGUGCAUCUGUCAGCAUUGUUUGCGCAUGGUUCAGCGCAUGAUUGCCUCUGCAUGCCUGGCUUCCAGCUAUUGAAACUUAGAGGGUAUAAUGUUUAACUGGUGUCAUGAAUCUUGGUGUCUAUAGAAAUCAAAUCACCUCACCAGGUUACUUGGUGAUGAAUGUUCAUUAUUUAUUGUUUUGUAUGCCUAGAGCACUGUUCCCUGUUGUUCUAAAUCACACUGAUAGGUUCCUUUUUAUCUUUGUAUAAUGUGAACCUUGUAAAUAUUUCCUGGUGCUGCCUACUGGUGUUUUAAAGAGAAGCUGUGUUAGCUGAAAACGGGGAAGGUAACAUCUGCACUAUUUCAUUGUUUGCUGCACGCAGGUUUGAUUAAUUUGCUGUGGGGUAAUUGAACUUUGAGCUUUGCCAAAAAGUUGAACUAUGCUUUUCCUCCUGAAGCAGGAGCUCAAUAAUUGUAUUUUUGACUUGGCAGUGGGCUAUUGAAUGCUAGCUAACAAGUUGGUGCAAGAAUGCCUUGCAUAUAUUUUCUUGAUUAUAUUACAGUAUGUGACGUUUAUUUACCAUUUAGCACUAGGCAGUGUUUGCUGUAAUGUUACUAUGUGUUCUCUUUCCCUAUCCUGUUUCAGUGUGUUGUGCUGCAGUUGUAAGCAUACUGACUCUGCAGUUUUUCCCUGUCCUAAAAGCAACAAAAACUAAGAAUCAAAACUUGUAGCAUGACCUACUGUCUCGUUUUCCAGGUGAAAGCUUUGCACAUACUUGUGUGGUUCUUUGACCUGAUUGAGCAGCUUAAGCAAAAAAAGAAACAAGCACUUAAAUGCCAGUAAUGAAAUCUCUGCAUGAGGAGUAAUCUGUACCAAGCUGUCUUCCUGAUCUUUCAGUGACAUGGGAUGUUUUCUUGUAGAACAGACCCUGGAUCAAUUUCAUAGGUCAGGGACUGUGAAUUUUAUUUUGCUUUACUUUCACACUCAGCUGUUGUCACAGGCACAGCAACUUUGCUAUGCAGAGGGAUUCCCUUGUUGAGUCAAUGAUUGCCUGCUGUGAGGACUGUGCAUAUGAGGGACCUAAACUCUUCUACUUUCCUGCCUUGUCCUCUUACACUUAGUCACACCUGGUGCAGUUUUAGUGCUGGGUGAACAUGGAGAGGCUGAAUGUAUGCAUGAGUGGCCAGAUAGAGGCAUCAGUCUGCUAUUACACCUUAUGAGGCACUGGCUGUUAUAUGUGAGCUUUUAAUUGCCUUUCAACUUUUACUUGUAAAAGCAUGAUGAUGUCUGGGCACAUGUGCAUGUUCGUAUGGUAAUGGCAGCAGGUAACACUGAGCAUAUUCCUCUAUGAAAGCACCUAACACAUGGAGAAGAUCAAAGGUAAACAUAAGCUUUAAAGUGAGAAAAACUGCUUUC